UACGAGCGCGAGAACAAGAAACCCGUGUCCUUGAAGAACAGGCCGCCCGAACUCGACCCACGUGGCUAGAGACGAGUCCGUUGAGACGGAAGUAUACCGUCCCGGUCUGGAAAUUCCGUUGACUGGGCUGUUGGGCACCAGCAGGUCUGACGUGAUUGGCCCGAUGCCUCGUGACGUAACUAAAACAACACAUGACUCCGAGAAUAAGACAGCCUGUGAUUCGAAAUAACGACCCUUAAAUGCCUGACAACAAAAUGGUAGCUGGUUUAUUCAUCAGUGCCACUUCAAUCAUAAGCACAACAAUCUGCUGUAUACUCCAAAUUAGACAGGAAUUGAGUUGCAGUCGAUAAUGGUCGACUUGUGGCAGAAUUUUCCCAGAUGGCUGACAAGGUACUUCCUGCGGUAGCCAAGAACUACGUCAUCCUGAGGGGACUCCCCUGGCCUCCCAUGGUGACAGAGGAAGCCCUGGACGCCAUCAAGAAAUUACCAAUCCGAGAUGAUGAUAUUUUGGUGGCCACCUUUCCCAAAGCAGGGACGAACUGGCUGUCCGAAAUCUGCCGUCUUGUUGUUACUGAUGGCGACAUGGAUCUGGCGUGUAAAAUCCAUCUGUGUCAUCCACUGGAGUUUGUGCACUACCAGGGCGCCCAGGCCGAACCCAGCGCGGACGACCGGCCGCUGUACCGGCGCGUCAGUGACUGGCCAUCGCCUCGAGUUCUACAUACGCACGUGCCAAUUCAGCACCUACCGGAGGAGGUUUUGACGCAAGGAAAAGGCAGGGUCAUCACAAGUGUCCGAAAUCCUAAGGAUAGUGCUGUAUCGGAGUUCCAUUUCCUCAAUAAAGUUCGCCCUGGUGCUCCUCUUAGUUUCGCCGAUAGUCUGGAAGAAAACUUCUUCACCGGGAAAGGGCCGUAUGGAUCUUGGUUUGAUCACGUGCUUGGAUACUGGGACAGAAGACACGAAAAGAACCAGCUUGUUCUCAAAUACGAGGAUAUGAAAAUGAAUACUCGCAGAGCGAUCGUUCAAAUCGCCGGCUUCCUCGGGCGGUCUCUCUCCGAUGACGUUAUUGACAAAAUACUUGCUUUAGUGACAGUAGACAGCAUGAGGGCUCGAUUCUACUCAUCAGGAGAGGAAGUGGGUAACAAGAAAGCGGGCCCGUUACAUCUACUUCGAAAAGGGGUCGUCGGGGAUUGGAAGACAGUGUUCACUGUGGCACAAAAUGAAACCCUGGACAAAUUGUACCGAGACAAGAUGAGUGGCUCUGGACUUACCUUCGACUUUGAGUAGCUGGAGCAACCGUCGCCAAUAGA